AUGCUUUUCUUUCGUCAUCGUGAUACGCCAUUACAUCAUUCACGCUUGAAUGAUCAAGAACGAUGUGUUCAUACUUGUCUUUUCUUUGCGUUUAUUAUACUCGUUGUUACCAUUGUUCUAUUUUAUUUUGCCGCAACUAAUAAAGGUCCCAGUGAUCAACGUCUUUAUUAUUAUGUAGGCGCUGGCAUUAGUCUUGCUUUUCUUCUAUUGAUUAUAUUAUGUACAAUAUUUUAUGUUCAACAAGUCUAUGGUUGUCCAUUAUCUUCUACGCGUCAACAAGAAACUAUAUCUGAUAAUGAAUAUGAAAGUUCAAGACAUUCAAAUUAUCAUGCAUAA